AUGUUAACCUCUUCAAACCAUGGUAGUUCACUAGGCUUGGAACAACAUAACAAAAUCAAAUUUGGUUCUUUAACAUUUAAGUAUGAUAACAGUCAUAGUAAUCUAAAGAAUCUAUGUAUUCAACAUGUACCAUUCUGGAAUAACCUGAAUCAUGAAUGUAUAAAGGUAGAACCUAUGUUAAAUGGAAUAACAAAUCAAGUAUAUAGGUUAAGUUUGACAAUUCCUGACAAUACCUAUGCAAUUAAGUCAGUAUGUGUUAAAAAAACAUCGACAUAUAAUUCGUUAGUAUUUGAUAAUGAUUUACAAUACAAUGUUGCUAAAUUACUAGGAGAUAAUAAUUUUGGUCCUAAGAUAAUAGGGCGGUUUGGCGACUUUACUAUUCAGGAAUGGGUUGAGGGUGAUACACUAACGAAUGAUUCAUUACAAAACCUCUCAGUUUUAACAGGGAUCGCUGCAUCACUUGCCAAGUUCCAUAAAAGAGUUACAGAACUUGUUCCGAAGGAAUGGGAUAGAACCCCUAUGUUCUUAACCAAAAUAUCUGUAUGGUCUCAACAUGUCGAGAGAAUAAUCAAAAAACAUAAUCUGGAUUUUGAUUACACUGAAUUAAAACAUAACUAUGAGUUAUUUAAACGGAUCCUUAGCAAUCACCUAAAUACAUCAAAUUCAAUAGCUAAUUCAGUCUUAUUUUGUCAUAACGUUCUGUACAAUACAAAUGUUUUAGAAACCCAACAUGAAGUUUGUUUUAUUGACUUUGAUUUUGCUGGAUUUAAUUAUGUUGGCUGGGAAAUUGCGAAUCUUUUCGUCAAAUUAUGUGUUGUUUACAACGAUGAUUCGCCUCCAUACACUAAUGAAUUUGAUUCCAAUGUUUUAACUAACGAAAUUAAAUCCUUUUUCGUUUCAGUAUAUCUUUCUCAGCUAUUAGGGAGGAAUGUUUUAGCAUCAGACGAUGUCGUAAAGGAGUUUCUACAAAGCUUAGAAAUACACACGUUAGGAGUGAAUUUGUUUUGGACAUACUGGGGAAUAGUAAUGAAUGACAAACCGAAGAAUGAACUAUCGAGGCCAGUUAAGUUAUAUGUUCACGGAUUUUUCGAAUAUAAUUUAUUUAAGAGUAAUCUAAAGAAAUUAAACGAUGAUGAAAUUGUAAAUUACCAAAUAUAG